AUGAAGUUUCUAAAGCGACUGCGAAAUCGUUCCAAACGCCGUGCGGGGCAAGCGGCCAGUUAUGAGCAUCUCCGCAGCGAGGGCCGCAAAGACCCCGUUUCGCUGCGUGCUGCUGGUGUUGGUGGUGGUGGUGGUGUUCCUGGUCGCGACCUGACGAAAGCUCUACCCCCAACGGUUCUAUCGAAGAUCUUCUCCUUUGUCUGUCCCCAUGCGCUCGAUGACAGCUACGAUACCUCGGAGGAGUCCAUGACCGAGGAUGGCUGCAUGUUGUGCGAUAUGCGCGAUCUUGCAAACUGCGCCCAGGUCUGCCGACGUUGGAGGCCGGAAGCACAGGCUUUACUGUAUUCCCACGUCCGCAUCGACGCUGUCCACUACUGCGAACUCGAGGUGGAACUGGCUGCCAAGCGGAAGCAACGCCAUUUUGACCGGAAUGGUGACCCCAUAGAUGCGCCGCAGGUCCGGCUCACCUUGCUGAUGCGAACCGUCCGUGAUUCGCAGGCCUUGGCCGACAUGGUUCUGUCCUUGAGAAUGCCCUAUAUGACGCGGGAGGCGAAUAAGGCGGAACUGGCACGCACCAUUUCGGUUCUCCCCAACCUCCGUUUUGUAGACCUCCCCGCGGGACUGUACGGCGAUGAUCCCAGCUGUCUCACCUUGAAGCAGGAGCUGAUAGCUCGCUGCCCUGACCUUCGUCGCAUGAGUUACCGACACGGCGCCGAAGGCAGUUUUGCUCGUCUACCAAACGUCCAAUUGUGGGCCAACCUUGAAGUGCUUGAGCUGUCCGGGCUGUACGUGGACGACAACACCAUCCGGUUUAGCCUUAGUUCCUUCCCGAAGUUGCGGGUUCUGACUUUGGAGGAUCUGCCCUGGCUCGAGGACUCCCUGUUUGCGCCUAGUCAGUCGCUGCCUCAGUUCCCUGCUGUGCAGCGUCUGACUCUGCGCAACACCCCCAACCUCACGGCAAGCGGGCUUGUCGCUCUCCUUUCGGCCCCAGAAGUUCAACAGGCCUUGCUCUAUCUGACCCUUUCGUCAACCGGCAUUCUGCCUCAGGAUCUCCACCGGGUGCUUUCAACCGCCCCCCGCCUUCGUGGCCUCCUCGUCACCCAGGAGGUGGCCCGCUCAUUCCCAGCGGAACAGGUGCCCCAGCUGGCUUCCCAGUCCUUGACACUGUUGCACUACGAGAUCACUUCCGAUACCAGCGGAGCUUACGGCAUGCAGCCUGUCGCCACCUCGUACUACACGUAUCUCGUCGGGUCGCUCAUAUCCAACAAGCUCCCUUCUCUCCGGGACCUCUACGUCCGUGACGCAAAUUUCCCAGAGACUCUCCUCCUCGCUCCUCCCCCACGUCUCCUAGCAGGCAGCGAGGCGCGCGGCCCGAACCCGUUCCGGACCGGCCUAGCUCGCCCGUUGAACGUCUACAGCAAAGGCCUGGACGAGUUCGAGUGGAACUUCACCCCGUACGAACCUCCCUCGACUCGCGGGAAGCGUGACAGUUUCACCCGGCCCGUGAGUCUACAGGACGCGCAACUGAGCCGGCCUUGGGGCGGUGAUGCACGGAAGAGCGUCUUGGUCGGGAACGGCUUUGGCGGUUUCCUGGCCGUGCCAGUCGAGGAUGGUCGGCCGAAGAGCAGUGGCGGAUUCAAGAGAGAUAGUCGUCAGGAUAUAUGGCGGUGA